GUCUGUCCUGUCAGUGUCAGCUAACCGCCGUCGUCGUCGUCGGUCGUCGCGUUGUUUUCCGUGCGUGCUUCGUCUUUGCAUUUGUAACCACUUGUGCGAAAAUUUGAAUUUUCCUCGCGAAAAAGUGCUCGCGAGUGGCCAACACCAGUGCUAAACUGUUCAGCAGGAGGCGGAACAAUGGCAGCACCGAUUGAAAUUCCACUCCGGGAUACGGACGAGGUCAUCGAACUCGAUCCAGAGCAAUUGCCGGAGGGGGAAGAAGUGCUAGGAAUUUUGCGACAAGAACGUUCCCAAUUAAAUACUUGGGUUACAGUUGCGCUCGCUUAUUACAAGCAAAAUAAAACCGAUGACUUCAUUAAGAUUCUGGAAGCAUCGCGUAUCGAUGCGAACAUCUCGUAUCGAGACUUUGAAAAGGAUCAAAUGCGAGCGUUCGACAUGCUGGCCGCAUACUAUGUCCAGGAAGCCAACCGGGAAAAGUCCAAGGAUAAGAAGAGGGAAUUGUUCAUGAAGGCAACUCAUUUGUAUACGACGGCUGAUAAGAUUAUUAUGUACGAUCAAAACCACUUGCUGGGCCGUGCGUACUUUUGUCUCCUGGAAGGAGACAAAAUGGAACAGGCAGAUGCGCAGUUCAAUUUCGUGUUGAAUCAGUCGCCAUCGAACAUUCCCUCUCUGUUGGGUAAAGCUUGCAUUGCGUUCAAUAAAAAGGACUACCGGGGAGCACUGGCGUUCUACAAGAAGGCUCUUCGAACGAAUCCCAACUGCCCGGCAGCGGUUCGUCUAGGAAUGGGUCACUGCUUCUUAAAGUUGAACAACCAGGAGAAGGCAAAACUUGCAUUCCAACGUGCACUGGAUUUGGACCCCCAGUGCGUAGGUGCCUUAGUCGGUUUGGCCAUUCUAAAACUGAACUUGCACGAACCAGAAUCCAAUCGCAUUGGUGUACAGAUGCUUUCCAAGGCAUACACAAUUGACUCAACAAAUCCGAUGGUGCUCAACCAUCUGGCGAACCAUUUCUUCUUCAAGAAGGAUUACCAAAAGGUUCAGCAUCUGGCCCUGCAUGCUUUUCACAACACCGAAAACGAAGCGAUGCGAGCGGAAAGUUGUUAUCAGUUGGCUCGUGCUUUCCAUGUGCAACGGGACUACGACCAGGCUUUCCAGUACUAUUACCAAUCGACGCAGUUUGCACCAGCACAUUUUGUGCUUCCUCAUUUUGGCCUCGGACAAAUGUACAUCUACAGAGGGGACUCGGAAAAUGCUGCCCAAUGUUUCGAAAAAGUACUGAAGGCGCAGCCAGGAAACUAUGAAACCAUGAAGAUCUUAGGCUCUUUGUACGCCAGCUCGUCUUCCCAAUCCAAACGUGAUAUUGCCAAAAACCACUUGAAGAAAGUCACCGAGCAGUUCCCGGAUGACGUCGAAGCAUGGAUCGAAUUAGCCCAAAUCCUAGAACAGAAUGAUCUUCAAGGCUCACUACAAGCGUACGCAACCGCCACGCACAUCCUUACAGACAAGGUCAAGGCCGAUAUACCGCCGGAAAUUUUGAACAACGUGGCAGCCCUCCAUUAUCGUUUGGGCAAUUUGAACGAAGCGAUGACGAAGCUAGAAAUGGCUAUCGAGCGGGCCAAAAUCGAGGCGCAACACGAUUCGCAAUACUACGAUUCGAUUUCAGUCACGAUGACGUACAACUUGGCCAGGCUGAACGAAGCGAUGGCUUCUUUCGAUAAGGCAGACAAGCUCUAUAAGGACAUUUUGAAGGAGCAUCCAAAUUACAUCGAUUGUUAUCUGCGUCUCGGUUGCAUGGCUCGUGACAAAGGUUUGAUCUUUGUGGCUUCUGAUUUCUUCAAGGAUGCACUGAAAAUUAACAUGGAGAACCCGGAUACCCGUUCGCUGUUGGGUAACCUGCAUUUGGCCAAAAUGCAGUGGACACUUGGACAGAAAAAUUUUGAAACAAUUCUAAAGAAUCCAGCCACUUCUAGUGAUGCUUACUCACUGAUUGCAUUGGGCAACUUCUGGCUGCAAAGUUUGCAUCAGCCGAGCAAGGAUAAAGAAAAGGAGAAGAAGCACCAGGAAAAAGCAUUGGCCAUCUACAAGCAGGUGUUGCGAAACGAUCCUAAGAACAUUUGGGCCGCCAACGGCAUUGGUGCCGUAUUAGCCCACAAGGGGUGUAUUAUCGAGGCUCGAGAUAUCUUCGCACAGGUUCGGGAAGCUACGGCUGAUUUUUGCGACGUGUGGUUGAAUAUCGCGCACAUCUACGUCGAACAGAAGCAGUACAUCAGCGCUAUCCAGAUGUACGAGAACUGCUUGAAAAAGUUCUACAAGCACAACAACGUGGAUGUGAUGCAAUAUUUGGCUCGGGCGUACUUCCGUGCCGGUAAGCUGAAGGACGCAAAAAUGACUCUGCUCAAAGCGCGCCGCGUCGCUCCGCAAGAUACGGUUCUGUUGUUCAACAUUGCGCUUGUGCUACAGCGUUUGGCCAUGAUGGUGCUCAAAGACGAGAAGUCUAUUUUGAGUGUAGUCUUGCAGGCCGUUCACGAAUUGGGUUUGGCUCACAAGUACUUCAAUUAUCUUUCGAUCCAUGGAGAUAAGACACGCUACAACAUCACGUUAGCCGCAUCGGAAUCCAGCCAGUGUCAGGAUUUGCUCCAACAAGCACAGUACCACGUAUCACGUGCCCGCAAGAUCGACGAAGAGGAAAAAUCAUUGCGCCAGAAGCAGGAACAGGAACGCGAGGAAUUCAAACGCCGACAGCGAGAGGAGCGUGUCCGCAUGGAAGAGAUGCGUCGCAAGGCUCACGAGGACAUGAUGGCCAGACGUCAAGAGUACAAGGAAAAGACCAAGAAUGCUCUGUUCUUCGUCGAAAGUGGACCAGACCCUACGAAAAAGAGAGCCGGACGUGGUCGGAAAGACUACAUUUCCGAUUCGGAUGCCUCAGGACCACCAGGUAGUGGCGGGGAAGAUCGGCCUCCCAAAGAACGCAAACGCAAAGAACCUGGCGAAAAGAAGAAGCGGAAACCAGGAGGUGGGCGUAAGAAGAAGGAGAAGGAAUCGAAAGGAUCCGGUUCCGAUAGCGAGGAUGAUGCUCCGAAGAAGCGUGGACGUAAGAAGGGUUCACUUGGUGGUGGAAGAAAGCAAAAACACAUGGAAGAAGGUCUGUCUUCCAAACAGAAGUCUAGAAUUGUUUCAAAAGCCACGGUGUCCACCAGCGAAUCAGACAGUGACAGGAGCCGUCUCAAAAUUGCAAGCGGCGAUGAUUCAGGUUCCGGCAACAGUGGACCUGCAAACAAACGAAAACGCAGGAUCGCUUCCGGGUCGGAAAGCGGAUCCAACAGAUCGCGAUCGCGUUCGCGCUCCAAAUCCGGUAGUCGCAGUCGUAGCGGUUCUCGGUCUGUAUCUCGUUCAAAGAGCCGUUCUCGUUCACGCUCCAAAUCUGGAAGCCGUUCCCGUUCGGGAUCCAGAUCCCGAUCAGGUAGUCGAUCGCCGUCGCGCUCCGGCUCUGGAAGUCCUCAAGCUUCGCCUAUAUCGAGGAAAUCCGUUUCCGGGUCUGGGUCGGAUUAAAUUAUAUUUUGUUUUAAACGUGUGUUUUCAUAAUUAUGUUUUAAUGAAAUAUCUCUUAGGAUAGAAGAAAAAACUAGCUUCAAGAACACACCCACACAUCCUGUCUUUAUGCAACUAGCCGAAAUAAUUAUAUUGAAAUAGUGUUUCGAAAUAUUGAAUGAACGAACGACUUCCGGCAGGUUCCCUCGAUGGAAAUAAAAUAUGUUUAAGUUUAUCACAAGCAGGCAUCCAAUAAAUUCAAUACCAAUGUGUCCAAUGUCCAAUUGUAUAAAAUUACUGAUAUUCACUGAAUAAAGUUGAACCUAAACGAA